AUGUGGCGACGCCGGAUUACCAUCGAUGACAAGGCCAUUACCGAGGGCUCGGGCAUCACGCUUAAACAGUCUCUUUUCCCGAACUUUUUAGUGACCAUCCUCUUCUUUCUCUGGGGCUUCGCCUAUGGCCUUCUCGAUACCUUGAAUUCUCAUUUCCAAGAUGAACUCAAUAUCACGGCGGCACAGUCGUCUGGUCUGUCGGCAGCAUACUUUGGCGCAUACUUUCUCUGCCCUUUGACUGUCUCAGGAUGGAUUCUGCGCCGGUUCGGCUUCAGGGUGACAUUCAUGACGGGGCUCGGCGUCAUGACCGUCGGGUGUCUCCUCUUCUGGCCCAGCGGCGUCAAAGCCUCCUUUGGCGGAUUCUGCGGCAGCAUGUUCGUCGUCGGCGCCGGUCUUUCCACCCUCGAAACCGGAGCAGACAACUUCCUGGCCAUCUGUGGGCCUCCGCGAUACUCGGAAAUCCGACUGAACCUCGCGCAGGGCGUCCAAGGAGUCGGAACCUUCAUCGCUCCGCUUCUUGCCUCCCGGGUCUUCUUCGCCAAGACCGUCGAUACGGAGCAGGGUCUGAAGAACGUGCAGUGGGUCUACCUGGGGGUGGCCUGCUUCGUGGCGCUGCUCAUCCCGCUCUUCUACAUUGCCCCGAUGCCUGAAGUCACCGACGCGGACAUGGGGUUACAGGAGCAGGAUAUUUCCAAUCACGAUGUGGGACCGUUCUCGAAGCAGUACAAUCUCUUCCUGGGAGUGUGGAGUGAGUUUUGCUACACCGGCGCCCAAGUGGCUGUCGCCAACUACUUUAUCAACUUUGCGGAACAGGCAGGAUACUCGAAAUCCAAGUCAUCCGACCUCCUCGCCGUCGGCCAAGGACUCUACACCUUCAUGCGUUUCGUCUCGAGUGGUAUGAUCACUGUGGGAGUCAAACCCCGCUACAUCAUGGCCGUCUACCUCCUACUCUGCUUCGUCUUUGGCGUAGCCGCAGUAACCACCACCGGUCCAACCAGUGUAGCCAUGUUAAUUCUCGUCUUGUGCUUCGAAAGCGCCUGCUUCGCAACCAUCUUCAGUCUCGCCCUGCGCGGUCUCGGCCGCCACACCAAACGCGGUGGCAGCAUGCUCGUGGCCGCCAUCUCCGGAGGCGCUGCGAUUCCCCCCAUGACAGGUGCCGUGGCCACGGGCACCGGCAACGACUUCCACAAGGCGAUGGCGAUUCCGACCGCGUUUUAUGUCCUGGCGUGGGCGUUUCCGAUCUAUGCGAAUACGGUGAGUCGGGACUUGUUGGAUGGGCAUCGGUCGACGGAUUUGAAUAUGACGGAGGAGCGGAAUGUGCGGGGGAAGAAUGCGGAGUUGGAGUUGCAGGUGGAGGGGAAGAAUGGGACGGAGAGGGUGGAGGAUGUUACUGCCCCUUAG